CUAAUCAAUUCGCGGGUUUAUACAAAGAGUUAUUUUUUAUUUUAUUAUUGUAUUGUUAGUAUCUGAUAGCCAUUAUUAUUAUUAUUAUUGUCUUUUUUUUUUUUUUGUAUCAGUGACUAUAGAUGCUCGAGGCUGAUCCCGGAUUAAUUAAUUUUUUCCCAUCACCGUUCUAGUGACUUCAUCGUAUUUCAUGUUUGUCAUAUUAGUGUUAUAUGUUCGUAAAUAUGUGUGAAACAAAAUGCUUGGCAACAUUAACAUUUUUGUCAAUUGCAUUGGCGUACAACGUCGCUUGUGCAAAAUCACCGACUGGCGUUUACACGGACAAUGGAUUCCAGACGGUCAAACAAGAUCUCAUGACGAUCGAAGAACGCAACGAGGUCGAACAAGAGAUACUGACCAUGUUUGGUGUCCCGAAGAAACCUAGGAAGUCUCCCAAAAACUUGGAAGGAUCGGCACCACAAUUUUUAUAUGACGUUUACAGGUCGUUACAACAAGACGGAGGACUACACGAAAGAAGAACGAGAAGUGUAUCAGAUAUUGGCCUUUACGAUGAUCGUACUGUUCAAGACAGUGAUGUCAUUAUAACAUUAUACCUAUCAAAUCACUCACCAAUAAGUAAUGUACGACAUGAACACGGAAAACGAAUCUUAUUCGAACUAAACGAUGUACCGUCAGAUGAAACGCAUAUGAUCACAUCUGCAGAAGUGCAUUUAUAUCAGUCUGGUAGUUCGUCUAACGGAAAGCUAUUUGCUGUUACCCUGUACCAAGUUUUAAUAACAGAAGACGGAGAAAAAGCUUUGAAGUUUGUCGACACCCAAAAUACAACCACAGACUAUGAUGGAUGGCUUCGGUUCAACGCAACUGGUGCGCUGGUGUCGUGGGCUCAUUAUCUAUACCCCAACAGAGGGUUGUACGUAUCGGUUCAUUCGCUUGACAACCAAGAUCAUGAAAUAAAACCAGAAGAAAUUGGUAUGGUAACAUGGGCCGAUAAACAUCAGUUGUCAGAAGCCAAAAAACCGUUUAUGGCAGUGUACUUAAAAUCGAGAAACGGUGGUAAUAUUGUCGGUGGACCAUCGUUUCAAAAACAUUACAGGCGACGAAGGAGGAAAACGUUCGAGAGCAGUUACAAUUCAAAUCCAUUUCAAAAUUUCGCCGAUAGUUUUCAGUCAAGGAGCUGUCAAAUACAAACAUUGUACGUCAGCUUUAGAGAUCUCGAAUGGCAGGAUUGGAUAAUUGCACCGGAUGGUUAUGGCGCAUUUUACUGUACCGGUGAAUGUAAUUUUCCACUUAACGCUCACAUGAAUGCAACUAACCAUGCGAUCGUUCAAACGCUGGUUCAUUUAAUGAGCCCGCUGAUGGUGCCGAAACCAUGUUGCGCCCCAACUAAAAUGGCACAACAAGCAGUGUUAUUUUUUCUGGAAGACAACAAUGUCAUCUUAAAGAAGUAUAAAAAUAUGAUUGUCAAGAGUUGUGGUUGCCAUUAGAGUAAGUGUAUAAAAUAGGAUUGUUUCUCACAAUGACGAAAAGAAUAUUGUCCUACAUGACUGAUAAAUGUUAAAAACUAGAAACUCGUGUACUAUAAGCGUACACAUUACCCGUUAAGAAACUAAUUAAUUGACCACUUGUAAAAACGUUCAUUACUCACAUAUUGUGUAACCAUACACUACAUAGUGCUGUUUAUUUAUACUCCAGCGUGAAUACAAUCGCCUGUUGAAAAAUCGUGUACACGGACGUUUACAAUCUCUUAUUUCCUAAGUUUAUAAUAUGUACCGUUUGUUUUAUUAGCUUGUAAUUUUAUUGCUGUACUAUUGAAUGUAUGAAAACAUGUAUGUUACAUUCUAAAAAAUGUACCGAAAAUCAACUGUAUACUACUACUUGGUUAUACGAGAAACGCAAGAAUAUAUUAUUUAUUAUUUUGGGUACAUGAUAUUGUUUCAAUUGGACGUGUCCAUUGUAAACCAAAUUAUUUUUAAUGUAACAACAAUAACCUAUUAUUGUUUGUUCAUAUUUGUCCAUUAAUAAAUUAGUUUGGUUUUUUUUUUAUUUCGCGACCAUAUUAAAAUUAUACAUUGCAAUUAUAAUUGAUAAAUUGUUUUAUUAUUUUUAUAAACUCGAUUAAAAAAACAAGGCAAAUAUGAUUAUAAUCGAUUAAUGCUCGUUAUAUGCGAUCUGAUCUUGUAACAUACAAAAUAAUAUUAUUAUAAUAUGCGAGACACAUGGAUGUGAAUUAAUUUCCUAUAAACAUUUGCACAA